ACCAGUGCUGCCGGCAGCCCUCGGCGUGAGCGGGCGGGCGGCCCUUUCCCCGCAGCGGGAUGGCCCCCGCCGCCCCGUGAGGGUCCGGGCUUCCCCGCCGGCGCCCGCGGGGUGGGGGUUCGCCGCCACCCCGCCAUGCUGCUGGGCCCCUGGCUGGUGGCGGCAGCGGCGGCGGUGGCGGUAGCGGCGGGCGCCGGGGCGGGCUGCCCGGUGCUGUGCACGUGCCGCGGGCAAGCGGUGGACUGCAGCGGGCAGCGGCUCUUCUCGGUGCCCCCUGAGCUGCCGCUGGACACCGGCAACCUCAGCCUGGCCCACAACCGCAUCGCCAGCAUCCCGCCGGGCUACCUGGCCUGCUACGGCCAGCUGCGGGCCCUCGACCUGCGCAACAACUCGCUGGUGGCUCUGCCGGCCGGGCUCUUCCUGGGCGCCCGUCGCCUGGUGCACCUCGACCUCAGCUACAACAACUUCAGCCUGGUGGCGGCCGACAUGUUCCUGGAGGCCAGCGGGCUGCUGCGCCUCGACCUCAGCCACAACCCCGGCCUGCGGCGGGUGCACCCCCAGGCCUUCCGGGGCCUGGCACAGCUGCGGGAGCUGGACCUCAGCUACGGGGGGCUGUCGGCCAUCAGCCUCGACGCCCUGGAGGGGCUGCCGGGGCUGGUGGGCCUCCGCCUGGGCGGCAACCCCUGGGUGUGCGGCUGCGCCAUGGAGCCCUUCCUCAAGUGGCUGCGGGGACGCAUCCAGCGCUGCGCGUCGGAUUCGCAGCUGGCCGAGUGCCGGGCCCCCCCCGAGGUGGCGGGAGCCCCCCUGCUCUCCCUGACGGAGGAGAGCUUCCAGGCCUGCCACCUCACCCUGACGCUGGACGACUAUCUCUUCAUCGCCUUCGUCGGCUUCGUCGUCUCCAUCGCCUCGGUGGCCACCAACUUCCUGCUGGGCAUCACGGCCAACUGCUGCCACCGCUGGAGCAAGGCCAGCGAGGACGAGGACGUUUAGCCUGAGGCACCCCCACACAUCCUCUGCACGCCGAGGACAAGACGCAUCUUUCCCCUGGCACGUCCUGGCCUCGUUCCGUGGGGACAGCGGAGGAAGAGCAAGCACUCCUCCCCAGCGCCCGGCUCCGCAGCCAGACCCAUUUUCUCUCUUUCCGAAGCAAAAAUGGCCUGGCCCUUGCGCUUCGCUCUGUCCCGCUGCAGGGAGGGCAGGGACCCGCCUUUGGGUGCCGGAUUCUGCCAGCGUCUGCCCAGCAGGUGCCGGUGCCGGGCCAGGGGGUGCCGGGCCCCGCCAUGGGUGUUCCUGCGGCACGGCCACCUCCUGUCCUGCAGCGAGCUGGGAGCGCCCGGGCAUGGAGGCAGCCGCCCUGCCUUCCUCUCGGCUUCUCCUUCCCUUUGCUUCAUCCUCAUCCCCAUUGUCUUCUUCCCUUCUCUUUUUCUUUUUUCUUUUUCUCUUUUCUUUUUUCCUUUUUCUUUUCUUUUUUCUUUUUUCUCUUUCUUUUUCUUUUUUCUUUUUCUUUUUCUUUUU